UUUUAUUUUUUAAAUUGGCGGUUUUGCCUUGUUUGCGUUACACAAUUUACCCUGCUACUGAUGAGACCGGAAGUACCAGAUGCAACAUCCGGUUGAAUUACAAAAAAAAUGCAGCGGCGCAGUUAUUCACUUUAGCGUGCCUGGACCGAACAAACCACAUGAUGUUAACCCCACCGAGGGACGGGAUCCCCAGCAUGAUAGACCGGGCGCUGAGGAUGAGGAGGGAGGAACAGGCUCGUCAGGUGGUCCUGGCCUGGGCUGUUCUCAACGUGUCUCUCGCUGGCAUGCUUUACACCGAAAUGUCAGGGGAAUUACUGAGUCGAUACUACAACAUUACGUACUGGCCGAUCUGGUACAUUGAACUGGUGCUAGCCUCUCUUUUUAGCCUCAAUGCCCUUUUUGACUUCUGGAAAUACUUCAAAUACACAAUGGCCCCCUCCACCAUUGCUGUAUCCCCUCAUCAACAUCACCUACUGGGUCUGAGAAACACAAGUAUUCAAGCCACUCCUCCACAAAAGCCGGAAAAAAAAGAGACCCCAGCGCCGGCCCAGUCAUCUCCGAUGCAGGGUCAAAGCGUGCUGAGUUUCAGCCCCUCGCGACCGGCCACCACCAGCCCUAAGUUCUCCCCCAGCUGUGUACCCGGGUACAGCCCCCCUCUUGGUAGCCCAUCCACCCCAAGCAGUGCAGGGGGGUCCUUUUCUCCCUCGGUGGCCUUUGGAAAGGUGUUGAACUACAGUCCGUCCCCUGGCUCCUCUCCCUACCCGAGCAGCAUUGGCCCAGCAGAAGGGUCCAGCUUGAGGGCUCGAUAUCGCACGUCCCCUUCUGUGUUCAACUCCCCAGGGAGCAAGGAGGACUACAUGCAGGAUCUGAAAAGCCUGGAGAGGUUCCUCCGCACAGAGGAGGAGAGGGGUCACCGCAGCCAGUUAGGAAGUCCAGAGUCUGUGUCUCCGAGUCACAGCCCAACAUUUUGGAACUACAACCGCUCGGUGGGAGAUUAUGCCCAGAGCCUGAGGAAGUUUCUGUACCAGCCGGCCUGCCGCUCUCUGGCCCCGUCUGCCCACAAGGAUGAGACGGACCUGGGCUCCAAACAGGCUGCCGAGGAGGUGUGGGCCAGAAUCACCACCAGUCGUUCUGUGGUGGACCGCAUAGAUAGCUGGACAGCCAAACUUAGAAAUUGGAUCAGUGACACCAUCUUGGUGCCCCUGGUCAAGGAAACAGACUCUGUCAACAGCCAGCUCAGGAGGAUGGGCUGCCCUGAGCUCCAGAUAGGAGAGGCCAGCAUCAGCACCCUGAAACAGGCAGCACUCUUGAGAGCCUCGUCGAUCCCCACAAUAAACUCUAUUGUUCAGUAUCUGGACAUCACUCCCAACCAGGAGUAUCUAGUGGAUCGCAUUAAGGAGCUGGCCCACAGCGGCUGCAUGAGCUCCUUUCGCUGGAAUGGCGGUGGGAAUCUGAAGAACAGGAAGUGGGACACAGACCUCCCCACUGACAGUGCUAUCCUGAUGCACAUGUUUUGUACGUACUUGGACUCCAGACUGCCUCCACACCCAAAGUACCCGGACGGGAAGACUUUCACUUCUCAGCACUUCAGCCACACCCCCGACAAACCUGAUACUAUCAAGGAGAGCAGCUUUUGCAUUCACCAAAGCAGCACCUCUCCCCCUCACUACCAGCUCAUCUACCAGGGACAUAUCUACAGUUUACCCAAGGGCAGGAACAACCUGUUUCACACAAUCCUGAUGUUCCUCUACGUCAUUAAGACUAAAGAGUCAGGCAUGCUUGGGAGAGUAAAUCUUGGCCUCUCUGGUGUGAACAUCUUGUGGAUCUUCGAGAAGUGAUGAUGAUCAUUAUCAGCGUUUACCAAGCAACAAAAGGCUCCAAGUGGAUUUUCUUCCUACACUGGUUGGACCAGCUCGUUUUAAGGACUGCCCUUUCUGAGCUGCAUCAGAAUUGGCACUUUACUUAACAAAUGCCGAUUUUGGAAAUCUCAAUUUUGGUGUACAAAUUGGUAACAUUCUGUAAUGUCAUUUUAAGUACACAUUUGCUUUGCACAACGCAGGGCCAAUGGCACGCUGCAGAGCUGUAUUUUUUAAACAUUGUAUGAUUCUUUUGGAUUUUGUAUUUUAGAAUGUACCAGCAUGGCAGCCUAGUAAAUAACAUACCUCAGAUUUAUCUUGUGAAUCGUAAAUGGCUUGGUGCCAUCAGGCAAAUACAGUUUGUGCGGACUUUAGGUUUUUUUCAGCUUCAAUAACUUGGUAUGCAGUUUCCCCUGAAGUGAAAUGAUGCUCUUUACAUGCUUGAAGUCUGCAGAAAUUGGACUUGUGAAAGGGGGAGUAAUACACAAAAUUUGAUUAUUCUGUUAUAGUAGAGCUUUCCACAGUAGUAGGCAGCAAUACAACACAAAACUGUACAGUGUUGAUUAUUUUGAUGUGUGAUGGAGCACAGAUGAAAAGCCUUUGACGGACCAAAGCCUUUUUUUUGAGAAUGUCUUUUACAAAAGCAAUUUAUCUUUUGACAGUCAUUUGUUAAAUUUCAAACCUUCCAGAUGUUUGCUUGUUUUUGAUAAUGCCUGUUUACAUUCUUCACAAGACGUUAAAUAAAUUUGAGAUAUUGAAAAACUGUAAAAGCUUAGUAAUUUCCCUCUGCUG